CAACUUUGAACCAGCUUUGUUGCCCACCUCUAACCAUGGCCAUUUCUCGCUUAACGUCGUCGUCCCCAUUGGUCUGCAAAAUCAGAAACGGCAUCACUGAACCCUCCUCAUCUUUUCCUACUUGUGUUCGAUUCUGCUGUCCAAAACAAUUUUCUUGCUUGCUCGUCCUCUCUACGUCCUCUUCCUCUCUCCUCUGGCACACUACGACCACCAAUCACUCUAAUAAAACUAGGCACACCUCCGUCUUAGCAGUCGCCCAAGAAGAACAAUUGGUCGCAACUAUCCCCGCAGAUAAAAUGAACAGCGAGGAAGUUUGGGCAUCCAGGAAUAUAUUGACAUGCUGCCAACUCUAUGUUUGUAAUCUUCCAAGAAGCUUUGGCAUAACUGAGCUUCACGAUAUGUUCAAACCUCAUGGUACCAUCCAAUCUGUUGAGGUUUCACGCAAUGCCGAAACGGGCAUAAGUCGCGGAUGUGGUUAUGUCACCAUGAGCUCAGUUGAUGAAGCCAAAGCUGCAAUUACUUCUUUGGAUGGCUCUGAUGUUGGCGGUCGUGAAAUGCGGAUUAUAUUUUCCACUGACAUGGAUAUUGCUAAAAGAGACCUCGGGAAAUUCAAUACGGCAUCCAAGAAAAAAUUGAUUUUUGAGAGCCCUUACAAAAUUUAUGCUGGCAAUAUUGCCUGGUCUGUCAAGCCUGAGGAUUUGAGAAACCUUUUUAGCCAGUUUGGGACUGUAGUUAGUGCUAGAGUACUGUAUGACCGUAAAGCUGGUAAGAACCGUGUGUAUGGAUUCCUUUCCUUUUCAUCAGCUGCAGAACGCGAGGCUGCCAUGUCGUUGGAUGGAACAGAUUUCUGUGGCAGAAUGCUACUAGUUAGAGAAGUCUUCAACAAGAAUGAAACUUGAUUCAGAGUUCACAUGUUUCUUCUUCAGCUGUGAGAAGUUUCUUACAAGAUUUUUAAGUGAGGUAGUAUGGAGAAUUUUCCUUCUGCUGGGACAAUAACCAAAGGAACAGGUAUCUCACCCACACAUCCUUUGGUUCUGCAAUACAAUAUGUUGGAAAGUUCCAUUAUCAGUUUUAAAUUUUAAUGACGGUUUUUACAUUCUACCAGUCCAAUUUUUUCAAGUAAUGUGCAAUUAGUGUCAAUUUUGGCUGUUUCAGACAUCCUAUUUAGACAUCUUAACUUCUAAGUUUCCUUUACUUGUGAUCUGUGAACUCGAAUAUAAUUGGUUAUAUGUACCAUCUGUCAGUUACUGUAGUG